GGGGGUAUUCGAAGCUUCUUGUCCAGUUAUUCCAUAGCCUCGCCAACCCUAGCCCUAGGGCAUUCCUCCGCUCUCCAUCUUGGGUGUCCGAACGGUUAGCAGCGGCGCUGGACGGCGAUCGUAGGCCACCGGCGAAGAUCCAAGAGGCAUCAAGGUGAAAUUACUGUUAACUCUAGCUUGAAAGCAUGAAAGCCAUGGGAUCUGGAGUUCACCUCAAACUUUCUGGUUUUUGUCAUCGAAGAACUAACAAUUCCCCAGAAUUGUCAUGCCACAGUUUAAGGGCUUUUACAUUCAAUGCCACAUCUAUCUUCCAUUGUUUACGGGAAGACUCACAAAGAAGCAAAAAACCAUUAGAGAUAGUUGCAAUCUCACAUCUUGCCUCAGCUGGUAGCAGUGACAAUUUUACCAAAACAUCUUUGCAUAAACCAGUUACGAAGCGACAUCUAAAUGGGAAAACAUUUUUUUCAACUGAAGCAUAUGUUCUUGAUGGAGAAGUUUUGGGAGUUUCUUCAGAUAUUGCACAGGAAAGGGUUGGGGUGCUGUUAUUGAACCUUGGUGGUCCAGAGACCCUUCAUGAUGUUCAGCCAUUUCUAUUCAAUUUAUUUGCCGAUCCAGAUAUAAUACGGUUGCCAAGGUUAUUUCGAUUUCUUCAGCAACCAUUGGCCCAACUAAUUUCUGUUCUGAGAGCUCCAAAGAGUAAAGAGGGGUAUGCUGCUAUCGGUGGUGGGUCACCUUUGCGAAGAAUCACAGAUGAGCAGGCACGUGCGCUGAGAGUAGCUCUGGAAGAGAAGAACUUGCAUGCAAAUGUUUAUGUUGGAAUGCGAUAUUGGCACCCCUUCACUGAGGAAGCCAUUCAUCAGAUUAAAAAGGAUAACAUUACAAAGCUUGUCGUUCUACCACUUUAUCCUCAAUUCUCCAUAUCUACAAGUGGAUCAAGCAUCCGUCUUCUUCAGAAUAUCUUCAGCGGAGAUGCUUACUUUGCAAGAUUGCCGGUUUCUAUCAUUGAAUCAUGGUAUCAACGAGAAGGUUACAUCAAAUCGAUGGCUGACUUAAUAGAGAAAGAGCUAUUGAGUUUCUCUGAGCCUGAAGAGGUCAUGAUAUUCUUCAGUGCUCAUGGAGUCCCACUUAGCUAUGUGGAGGAUGCAGGAGAUCCUUAUAGAGAUCAAAUGGAAGAAUGUAUUGCUUUAAUCAUGGACGAAUUAGAAUCUAGAGGAAUUCCCAACAACCACACCCUUGCUUAUCAGAGCCGAGUUGGGCCUGUUCAAUGGUUGAAGCCUUAUACCGAUGAAGUUAUAGUUGAGCUUGGUCAGAAAGGUGUAAAGAAUCUUCUGGCUGUUCCAAUAAGUUUUGUAAGUGAGCAUAUUGAAACUCUGGAAGAAAUCGACAUGGAGUACAAGCAGUUGGCUCUACAGUCAGGCAUUAAGAACUGGGGCAGGGUACCUGCUCUAGGUUGCACCUCUUCCUUCAUCUCAGAUCUGGCAGAUGCGGUUAUAGAAGCUCUCCCUUCUGCUUCUGCUAUGUCAAGUGAAAAGGAUACAUGCAGAGAUGCUGACAUGGACCCAGUACAAUAUGCAAUAAAAAUGUUUUUUGGGUCGAUCUUAACAUUCAUUUUGUUGCUAUCCCCGAAAUUAUUCUGUGUUCUCAGAAAUUCUCUCUAACUAUUUUGUUGUAUGGUCGGGCUUUCCUCAUUCUAGGGUGAAACUGAAAGUGAUUAUGGUUGAUCACUGUAAUAACAAACUGCAGGGAAAAAAAAUGAAUGCAAUGUACAUGGGUGCAAUACACCCUUUCAUGGUUUACAAA